CCUUCCUUUGGCAUCUCAGAAUAAUUCUUUAGCAUCUGUCCCAUAUUCCCUGUCCUUCCUUCUCUCUUUAUCUCUCUUAUUUUCCCUUUCUUCAGGUCUUGCAUGGUUCUGCACAUACACCACUAGUUCUCCAAUAUCUACCUUCUUGAUCUGUCACUAUGGCUUCUUCAGUCGUGAACAUCGAAGACGAACAGGUCCUGGCCAAUGAUUUUCAGGAUCUUUCAAUCAAGGAUCUGGGUGAAAAGGGGAGUGAAGCAGAGAUUCACCGGGGGGGAUUUGGAAAUCAUGGGGGAAUCUGUGCUAUUUGUUUGGAUAAGAUAGUGCUGCAGGAAACUGCUCUUGUAAAAGGUUGCGAGCAUGCUUACUGUGUAAUAUGCAUCCUUCGCUGGGCCUCAUACAAUCCGAAAGUUACCUGCCCUCAAUGUAAACAUCCAUUUGAAUUCCUCAAUGUCCAUCGCUCACUCGAUGGGAGUCUUCAAGAUUACAUGUUCGAGGAAAGUGUUUGCUUACUACUUCGGGCCUCAUGGUUCAAACCGUUAACUGUUGAGGGUCAUGUAGAACAUGAAGAUGUCUAUGAAUACGUUGAAGAUUUCUAUGAAGACGAGGAUGAGGAUGAUGACAUAGAUGAAGCUUACUAUGGCGGUUCAUCAAGUUUUCGCAUUGGAAACCGCAGAUGGGGAGACAAUGGUUAUGUUAGGGCUGGGCGUCAAGAAGCUCGGCCGGUUCACCGGCCAAACUUCCAAGAUUCAGGAGCAAGUUCAUCGCGCGAGCCGAAGAAGAAAGAGGCUGGGAAAAGUGUAACAGGAAGACGAGCAAAGAGGGCACUGAAAAGGGAAGCUGCUGAUAAGGCAGCUGAAGCAAAGCAUCAGCAGCAUUUGAUAAGGUUGGGUAGGAAGUGAUUUUAAUUUAUGUCAAGCCGGGCCUUGAAAUCCCUUUCCCAUAAAGUUAUAUAUUUUCUCUUUCUACCUUUACAUGUCUUUUUUCUUGUACAGUGUUUCUGUGCUUCUUACCCUGAAGCAUGUAAUUAUAAUGUGGGAAAGAUGCUUUAGAAUAAUGGCUUGGUGUAGGUAGGUGGUUGGUUCUUUGGGUGUAUGGUUGAUGGAAUUCCUAACUCAUUUAGCAUUGAACAAUUUAGGUUUUCAAUUAGUUGUUAAAUGCAGUUAAAGUUGUACAUAAUUUCUAUGUGAUGAUCUUGACACCCUUAUGAAUCAA